GCGUUGUACAGCGCGAUGCAAACCUCGUUGUACAUAAUAGCCUUCGACUCCGAACCCCCCGGCUUCCGAUUCCGGCCACCAGUAGAGAAAGUGAAGCGAAUGGGUUUCUUCUUCGCUCUAGAGAGAUGGUGCUCGAGAGUUCGCCCUUUCCCGUUGAUAAACCCUAAUGGAGAGAGCUCUAUUCUCGCCCUCGUCUCUACUUCUCUGUCCGGAUCCCAAUCAAGAACCUUGAUCUCCUCCCAUCCGUUUUUUGUUAGCACUUUCGGGGCUUGUCGUGGGUCCAAUGGAUCCUGUGGGAGUGGGAAAAGCCUGGACUUUGCUUCUCUUCCGAAGCUCAGAUGGUUCUCUUCUCAGGCAUCAGCUCUCUCAGAGCCCGCGACCUCUGAUGGGCUCACGGUGGACGCCAUCGUCGCCAAGGGCUGGCCGAUACUUGAUGAGGGUGAGGGCGAUUGGAGGAGCCAUGCCGCAGCAAUUGCUCAAUCCAUUCAGCUGAUCAAGAAGCGAUUGCAGUGGAGAAAUAUGAUUGUCAGGUUGGAACAAUUGUCUGUGGCACUGAACAAGUCGGACCUUUGGGAUGAUCCUGUUUAUGCGGGGAGAAUUAGCCGUGAGCAUGGUGAACUUAUGGGUAAGAUAAAGGAUGUAAACAGAUUUGAGCAAGAGCUACUUGAGCACAUUGAUUUGUUGAAGCUUGCACGUGAAGAGGAUGAUAAAGAGUUGGAAUUGGAAUCUAUGAAAGCACUGCUCGGUAUGAGAAGAAAUGCAAAGGAGAAAGAACUUGAAGCAUUGUUAUCUGGGGACCGUGAUUCAUGCUCUUGCUUUAUAGAGGUUCAAGCGGGAGCUGGAGGAACAGAGAGCAUGGACUGGGCUUCCAUGGUUAUGAACAUGUACAAGAUGUGGGCUCAAAGCCAUGGAUUUGCAGUCACAGUGCUCGAGGAAAUGCCUGGUGAGAUAGCAGGAAUCAAGCGUGCAACAAUCAAAGUUGAAGGUGAAUAUGCAUUUGGAUAUGCUAAAGCAGAAGUUGGGGUGCAUAGGUUGGUGCGAAUAUCUCCUUUUGACAGUGCAAAGCGCCGCCAUACUUCUUUUGCUGCUGUAGCUGUGAUACCAAUACUGAGUGAUGUCUCUACCCGAUAUCAGAUUAAAGAAUCAGAUCUUCGUAUAGAACGGUUUCGUGCUGGUGGUGCUGGUGGUCAGCAUGUUAACACAACAGAGAGUGCAGUGAGAAUAGUACACAUUCCAACAGGAAUAUCUGCUACGUGUCAGAAUGAAAGAUCACAGCAUUCCAAUAAAGCAUCAGCAAUGGCGGUGCUUCAGUCUCGGCUAGACCAGCUUGAGAUGGCCCGCCAAGCUCAACUGAAUGCAGAGCACACUCAUUCCCUCACCGAAAUCAGUUGGGGCAACCAAAUAAGGACAUACGUGCUUCAUCCAUAUCGCAUGGUCAAAGAUCUCCGAACAAACUAUGAAGUUUCAGACCCUGAUUCCGUUCUCGAUGGUGAUCUUGAUGGUUUUAUUUUGAACUUCCUAUCUGCAUCACUGGAUAAAGAUGAGGGUAACACGAGUUAGAGGUUGCUAUUUUUAAUUCCGAUAAUCACUGAUGAGCAGGUGAGAGAAGUUGAAAGCAAGCUUCACCUGGUAUUUCUUUAAAGAGGGCAUGUCUGGUUUUUGCUGCUGCGGCUACUCAGUGUCCCACAAUGAUCUGUUUAAUUAAGUAAACAGAAGCCAACCAUACAAGCAGGGCGCUGGCCAUGCCAGAAUUAGGUUGGCACACAUCUGCAGAAGGAGAAAUUAGUUACGCUUAUAUAGCAGUUCUUCAUGUCAUACGUUUUUGCUUUUUUUAUAGAUGAAUUUUUACGGCUAUUUUAGAACCUGAGCUAUUCUCCAAGCUCGUGUAACGAACGCUCGGUUUUGUAGCUGAUCGCUAUUUAUUUGGAAAUUUGAGAGUUAAACCAUGCUGACA